UAACUUUGCUCUGAGAAGCAUGUAUUGAUGAAACCAGAACGAAUGAAAAAUGUUGAGAUCUGUUCCUCUACCUUCGUCGUCUAGCAGCUCUGCGAUUCUGGAAUCUAACGAUCUUCACCGAUCGAGGUCAUCUUCGAGAGCUGUAUCGACCAUCUGUUCUUCUUCGAGAAGCCAUGCUUAUAUCCCAAAGCUCGAACCUUUCAGCAGAAGCAAGAUCGAUCGACGUCUUAAAGAGCCCUCCCUAAUACAGAAGACUGAAAACGAUCUUGCCGAUUAUUGUUCGACGCUUGAAGGAGAUGCGUCCUACAGCUGUUGGAGAGCCUAUUUCGAAUUGAAAGAUCUCGAAAGGAAGUUGUCUAAAGAAGAAAUUGAGAAGCUGCUUAUUCAGUCGGGAGGAAUUAAGUCGCUCAUCGACUGCGUUCACGGGAUUUCGGCUAUUAAUAAGAGGAAAAAGGAGGAUGCUGAAUCGAGGAAGCAAUCGAGCACUGAGAAAGAAAGAAAGAAACCUUUUCCGGUGCCAGACGGACUGCCCAAAUCGCAGGAAGAGCUGGAAGAGGAAGAGAAAGGCAGAAUGCCAGACUCACCCUACACCAGGCUCCUCAGAACCAAGGGUAAAUUCCCCGCUUGGUAUUCACCUGCCCCAGACCACGAGACAGAUUAAUGAAACGAGUCAGGACUCAGGAGUCGGCAGGGAGUGAAAUGGACCAGUUAGUGCCCUUUCUCUGUUUGCGCUUUCUGUUUGUAAAUACGAAAGAAGUUAAAGCUGUGAACUGUGUCUGUGAAGUUGAUUCAUAUAUACUAGCCGGAUAGUAUAGUAUAGGAUAGCUAAACGAUGCCAAGUUUUUCUGGUUUUAUCUGUAGCCGGAUCCUCAACCGAAAGGCAUGGAAGAUGGGGUUGUAUCUACUUUGAAACGACAUGGAAUUAGAGAUUCUAACUUGUAAGUUAUAAAUUUGUAAUUAGUUGGGUGUCAACCAUCUAAUCUGAUGUUGUGCCAGACUGCCAGCUCUUGUAAAUUAUAAGCAAGGAAACACUAUAGUAUCAAGAGCGAGCGAGCGAGCGAGAGAGAGAGAGAGAGAGAGAGAUACCAAGAAACUGCCAAGAAAAAUUCUCUUGGUCGUCUAGACGACAAGCUAAGGCAAGCAUUGGUGUUAAUUUGACAUUUAUGAA